GGGGGUGUGGGUCCACCGGCGCAAAGGAAAACCCACAUUUUUCAUUGUUAGGGACACGGUGGAAUGUGAUGGUUUGAUCCUACAGCGCAGGGAGUGGAGGGAAGAAACAACGAAGGCAGUUAAGGAGGAAAACAAACCCUCUCCCGCUGGUGUACCAGUAAAAUCUGUGAAAGAACUUGUGUUCAGUCUGGUUCAAACCUACACUCUUCUUGUCGGAACUCUUCGACACAAAGCGAAUCAAUUUGGGGACUAUCGCAGAUUUUUUUUUUCAUGGCAAGGGCUUGUGGAUGGAGCUCCAUAGUGAAACCAUCUGGUGACCGACGGGCUGCAUUUACCAGCUGCUUAGCACCCAACACAAGAGGAUCCAUAGAAAGUAAGUUUACGGUGAUAGACACCCAUGUUGACCAUCAAGCUGGGGGGAGUUGAAGGAAUAAGAACCAACCAAAGAAAAAGGGAGAAGACAUUGUGUGGAGAGGAGAAAGGGACUGAACAUAACUCAACAUUACAGACUUGUGACUCAUCAUUUUAACCAGAGAAGGACUGCCACACAAAUGUGGACCUCCCAAAAAGUAGUAAAAUAAUUUCGCCUUUCCAUAUAGAAGACAACAGCAAUAAUAUCUGUGAUGUCUGAAAACAAAGACAUAACGAAUCGCCACUUGCGGCACAAGCUGCAAAGCCUGGGACGACGGCUGGAUGAGCUUGAGGAGGCCACCAACAAGCUCCAGAAGUCCGAAGAUGAGCUGCUGGAUCUGCAGGACAAGAUCAUCCAGGCAGAGGGCAGCAACUCCUCCAUGCUGGGCGAUGUAGAGGCGCUGCGCAAGCGGCUACUGAGGAUUGAAGGAAAAGACGAGGAGGUGUGUAAGGCAGAGGAUCUCUGCCGCACAGUGAGGGAAAAACUGGAGGAGGAGGAGAGCUUGACCAAGGACCUAAAGUCUGAGAUUGAGCGCCUGCAGAGGAGGAUGGCUGAGUUGGAGAAGUUGGAAGAGGCCUUCGGCAAGAGCAAGUCAGACUGCAGCCAGCUCUGCCUCAAUCUCAAUGAAGAGAAGAACCUGACCCGGAAGCUCUCCUCUGAGCUUGAGGCCCUCAAGGCCCGUGUGAUGGAAGUGGAUGCAUCAGAGGUAAGGCUGGACCGGGCUGAGAAGUUUCUGGCAGGGGAGCUGGAGCAGCUCAAGGGCCUCACUCAGACUUUUGUGAGUGAGAGGAAGAGGCUCCUGGAGAAGCAAAGGGAGGAUGAGAAGCUUAUACUAAAACUGACAGAAAAGCUGGAUUGUCAGAAGAACAGGAUCGGCCGAGCAGAUCCCAGCCGCACAGACUUGAGGGACCUCCGCAUUGAAGAUGACCUCUCAUCUGGCCUGACUAGCAAGCUGGGGCGCAAGAAGAGCGUGGACUACCUGAAACUGGGCGAUGACGUUGGGCUAAGGAAUAAGUCAGAAAACGAGAAGAACAGCCUUGAUGGCCAGGAAGACAACAAAGUCAAGGAACUCACCCAGGAAGUUGAGAGGCUGAAGAACCGGCUGAAGCAACUUGAACUAGUGGAGGAGGAUCUCAAGAACACAGAGUCAAAGAGCGGAGAGCUGCAGGAGAAGUUCCAACAGGAGAGGUCCCGCAGCCGAGCCCUCAACGAUCAGGUGGAGCAGCUUAGAAUGCAGCUGUGCAGUCACGGCAAUGGAGGGCUUAGCAGUCCAGCAAAGGUCCUUGAGAAUGGCAAGGCAGAAAAUGAAGAGAUCAAUGUCCGGGGUGGGUUCAGGAAGGACAAGCCUAAGUACAGGAGUGCUGCAGCUGCAGAGCCAGCCGCCCCCAAGUACAAGAGCAGAGAGCUGUCCCCGCAGCACAAGAGGGAGACCAAGCUGAGGAGCAAAGAGCUGAGCAACUCUGAGGAAAUUUCUCCGAAGUCUGUCAGGAGGGCACUCAGUCCUUCACACAAGAGCAGGAGGACACCAAAGACUGGAUCCUCAACUGCCUCUGACAAUGUAGUGAAAGAAAUAGGUAGAAGGGUGGAGGACAAAACAACAAGGGGAGGAGCCCAUGCUCCUGUUAGCACGUCUUUGAGUGACAGCAAGAAGGUCUCGGUUCUUAAUCGCUACCCUCCAGCAGCUAAUGACCAGAAGCCAUGGAAGACAUCUCAGAAGCCAAGUGAGAGUGAAAGCAAAAAGAGCCAAGUGGAUAAGUUUUCUAGAUUGAAUGUUUGUUGUGACAGUGAGUCAAACAAUUCUGUUGUGGUGCCUGAAAGCUCAAGCAAGACCAACACAGUCUCCCCUCCUGAAAAGGAUGCUUCUGCGUCUGACCUGGUGUCUGUGGACCUGGUUCAAGAGGCUCCUCCAGUGUCAAACCUCUCACAGGCCAAUGGGUCGUACACUGCCUACAAGUCCCAUGUGUCCCCGCUGGUCAGUGAUCAUGGCUCUGAGGGUCACUCUUCAGCCUCUGAGACUGAAUCCACUGGGUCCAGGCCCUCAGAACCAGAGCCUGUGUCUGAGGUGGCAGCACUGAGUAGCAGAACCUCCAACCCUCCGAAGUACUCUAGAUACUCUCGCCUACAAGACUCCCAGUCAGAGGGCUCCUCCACCAGGAGCUCGAUUGAUGAGGAGCAGAACAGGCUGUUGAUGGCUGAAGGAGGAUAUCUGGAGCCCACUCACACCCCAGCAGGGAUGGAGGUCCGCAGGGUCUGCAGUCCACGGGAAGCCCUGAGGUCAAAGGCAGUCAUCAAGCCGGCCAUUGUGGAGAUUGAUAGGAAGGAAGUUAUGAUAUCCGGAGUCGGGGCAGAGUUCUUGACCUCCAAUGGCAAGCCCAAAAUCUCCACGAAACCUGUCCUGACCACCAACAAGAUGACCAGCAGCAUCACUAUCUACCCCAACGAUCCCAGCUCUUCCAGGACCAGCAGCCGCAGCAGCAGUGUAUCCAGCGAGCCACCAGUCAAGGAACGCCACACGUCCACUAGCAACAUUGUCAUCGGGCCCAGUGAGCACAGGGGGAACAUCUCCAUCCCCUAUGAGAUCUCCAUUCCCAAGAGUGAGAUCACCCUCCGGCCAUCCAUAGAUGGCCUGGACGAAACAGAUCAACCAGGGGUGCUAGGGAUGGCCCGUGCGGAGACGCACCUACGCCCCCGAAGCAGCUUCAGCCUCCAGUCACCGGAGACCAUCUCAGACUUCAACAACGACACAGAGUCAGGUUUCGAGAGCAGCAGUAGCAGCACUACCACCGUCACCAGCUGGAGGAGACACCACGGCCACCACACCUCCCAGGACGACGGUCUCCCAGAGAUGAGAAACCUGACUGUGCGGAGCACCUGGAGGAACAGGGGGGCGGCAUCUGUGGACGAGCCUGGCCAGGGAGCCAGGCUGGAAGGGGUGGGUUCUGAAGAUGAGUUAGAGUCGGUCACCACGUGGAGGGCGUACCGAGCCACCACUGUCCUGGACAAGGAGGAGAAGGUUAAUGCCACAGGGGCCUCUACAUCACGGGCAGCCAGGCCAUCGCCAGCAGAGCUGUACAUGCGCAGGAUUAAGAACAGUGUGGUGACCACCAGGGACAUUGCAGAGCCGGUGCGCCGGAGCAAGAGCUCUCUGUCACCAACUGAGGGAGUUAUGCAGAGGAGUAUCCCCCACGAGCCUGUCAGUUCUCAGGAGCUCACGCCCCGGCAGACACAACCCAUGGCUGCUGACAACACUAACUCCAGCUCAUGGUCACGGAGGACGAGGCCGGCGCCCAGUGACCUGGGUACCUACGAGAGGGAGAGAGUGAGGAGCUCCAGGCCUGACCUAGGGGCCAGCAGAGGAACGGGAACCACGGCUUCCAGACCAGAGCUGUGGUCCAGUAGGGGUCAGGCUGGCCAUGCGGAGAGGAUGACCGGGCGCGGCAAUCGACCAUGGAGCAACCGUCAGACCGACAACUAAACCGGCCAACCGUCUUAGUAGCUCCGCUUCAUAAUGUCCAGAGCUCUCCAUGCCCCCAAACUGCUUGGAGCCCCUCAACAAGGAGAAAUGUACUGUAUCAAGCAUAUCUAAAUCCCAGAGCAACAGCAGUCACAGCCAUACAGAAGAAUAACAACUCUCAAGUCCCUGUCCAGCACCUACCCAUGCUUCUCGGAGUGCAAAAACAAGAUGGCCGCCCUCUGAAACCUUCAACCACACCCUUCCAUUUGCACAGACACAACAUCAGUUGUAUUAUAAUAUGCCCAUAUACAGUAUCGCUCUGGUGUGGACCUCACCACCAGUGAAUGUAUCCUCUUCCGCAUCUUCUCCUACCAGAUGUAUUAUAAUGUAUUCCUCAGACUCGACAAGGGAGAGAUGAUCACUUGGGUGACUGGGCCUAGAGGUGUGUGCAUGUGUGUGUGUGUGGGGGGGGGGGAGAAGAAGAGAGACACAGGAAGGAAGGAUUUGUUGUCUUUCGGAGUGGACCGUUACAAGACCUCACUUUGGAACUUCCCAGCGGAGCUGCACAAAGGGUGUACCCAUGUGACCAGAAACGGGGAGCGAAUUACUUGGAUUAAAAAUAAAUCUACUCUGAUCUUUGACUUAUUCAAACUUAAUUUGGUGAGCGCUUAGACCAUGCAUUUGCUUUAUACUGACAACUAGAGAACGACCAAUAUGGGUUUAAGGGCCUAUACUGAUACUGAUUUUUGGAGGUCAAGGAGGCCGAUGGACAAUAUUUUAUGCCGAUAAUGAAUAUAAUUAAAUUUGAGCAUUUUGAUAAAUUCCCAGAGACAGCCAUAAAUCAAUUGUACUUAAAAAAAAAUCUAUCUACAUAAUAUAAUGGUAAUCAUUGUUUUGAAUGCUUAAUCUCUUGAUAAACUGGGUAAAUCAAGAUGGCAUUGGCUUGCCUACUCACAAUACAGGUCAAAUCAUACCCAAUACGACUGCAUGCAUUCAGCUUUUGAGCUAAUUUGGGCUCAUUUCAAUGAUCUAUGGGUCUACAGAUGACAAUAAGUUUCCCUUCUAUUUGGGACCAUGUUAGCCUCAGGGUUGGGGAGUAAACUUGAUUACUUUUAAAUUCAGAAAUUAUGUUUGUGGGAAAAACAUACAUUGAUACCGCAAGUGUUAAGUUUGUUCCACUUGAGGGAGUCUGACCAGAAGUCAGACACCACUAUGAUGACACACCAAAUGUGUUUGAUGGAUCCUUUUUGUCUUCUUCGCAUAUAAUCCAAAAGUAACUGAAAGUAAUCAUAUUGUUACUGAUUACAAUUUUGGACAGGUAACUGUAACACAUUCCAUUUAGAAAGUAGUCUACCAAACCCUGUUAGGCCUAGUGAUCAACAAAAUGUUAAUAGGAGUAGCCUAUUGUCUUCUUUUAUGAAGACGUGCGCUGUCUCUUUAAAGGUGCUACACAUAGGAUUUUUCUGAAUUGUUGCAUUGUAAUUACAGAAAAUGUUCAUAAUAGAGUGGAAUGAUAGUGUUUCAGUGUUACUUAUCUGCCAGUGUUGUGAUUGGCUGUGAUAUUCGCAUAGUGAUUUCUCCCGCCAGAGCUGCAUCUGUUGUCAAAAUGGGAAAGCUGUUUUGACUUUGGCUGUGUUAUCUAGUGGAAAAGGGGUCAAUCGGAUAAUGUAGAAGUCGCUCCGUCCUUUACUGGUUGUUAAAAUUCUACACUGUUCGCUCAAUUUCAGUUUGUGAGAAAACAAGCACUUAACAGUGUAGGGCAGUGGUCACCAACCUUUUCUGAGUCGAGAUCACCUUGAGUAAAAAAUGCAAGCCGAGAUCUACCGCCCUUUUUUUUAACAUGACUUAAAAAAAACGCAAAAAAAAUAAACGCUAUGCAACAUUAACCAAUUAAAAACGGUUAUGUAGCAAUGAGGUCUGUGCAGUAGGCUAUAGGCCCAAUACAUUAUCACUGCAUAUGGACUAUGCUUGAAUUGCCGUGCCAAUGUUGUUCUUCUCAUUUUGGAAUUAUAGGUAUAUGAUCACACUGGUAAUAGAUCAUUUGUCGUAUUACUUGAGAGGCUGAGUGAGCAUAUAUUUUUUUUUUUACUGGACUGAUUGCCUGGAUCUAUUGGUCAGUCUGAGGAGGGAGCGAGCAGCGGUGAGGUUGACCCUCACCCGACUCACCAUCCCUUCGCUCUCCCUCCCUCUGCUGUGAAAAUGGGACACAGUCUUCCAUCUAAUGGCGAAACUCAAGUCGCACUGCAUUAUUUCUGCUUCAUGCAAUAUUCCAUGUUGCCAGAGAAAGUUAAAUACUUGAUAUUAAAAAAGACAAGCCACUAAUAAUAACAACGCAAGCUUUGCUGUCCUCAUUUAUUGCAGCAGUGCUGGUUGUAGCGUGAGUGGAAGUGGGGAGAAAGUGCAUUUUAUGGCUUAUAAAAGGUGUUGAACAGUGUGUUGACAGUGCUGAAUAGCAACUUAGACAUGAACUUACUCAUAAAAACAGAAACUCUUUGAUGUAUUUGUUGAGUCUCUCUAGUUCAUGGUUUUAAAUGUUUUUUUGAAAUCUCACAGUAUCAACUUUGCUUCUUUUUACAGUCUAUUGCUCGGGGAAACAGUGCAGUGAUCUGAUUAGACAUCGGUAGGCCUAUAGGUGCACUUGAAUUGCUUUCUGGGCCUGCCGGAUAGGUAGGCGUUCUACUUUCAGACACAUGAAGUGGUUCAAAAUGGGAUUAAUUUGCCUUCCCAUCGCUAGGGCUGCUGAAUCAGGUAAACUUACCGUCAACAGCGAGAAACCAAUAAAAAAAUACAAAUAGGAACGCAAGGCUUUAUCAUUGGUUUUUUACAGAAAUGUUUGGUGAUUGACUAGAAAUGCUUGGAGAUCAACCAGUCGCUCGCAAUUGACCGGUUGGUGACCACUGGUGUAGGGAAUCAUUGUAUCAUCUAAAUCGCUGUGAAAUACCUUUUCAAAAACAAAAAGCUGGUGGACAAAAACAAAAAGUUAAAGGUGUGAGAAGUAAAGCGUGAGCCUCCGCCUUGUUAUGGGGAAAUGGGAUGCUGGGGAGGGGGAGAUUUGUUUUGAAUGCGGCCGAGUGCUGUUACAAUUCACCUAGCUUCCAACUUGGGAGAAAUUCGAGGUGUAGCACCUUUUUAAGAGAAAAUUCACCACUCAGGACUCAAGUAGCCAGGCAGUUCGAGAGAAGAAACCACUGGCCACUCAUGUAGUCAUUUAGCAGUGAAUUAUUAACCCAAUUUUUGGUGACAAUCAGCUUUGAAAUGAGCAUGUUUUGCUUUAUGGUAGCUACCACAAAUAAAGUUCUAGGGUAGAGAACUGACGUUAGCAAAGUUGUCUUUAUGAACACUAGCUAUUGGUAUGUUGCUUUGUAAAGUGCUGCAGUCUGUAUGGACAUUGUUUUGCCAAACAGUAAAUUAACACUAAACAUUUCUACAUUCCAUGUGGCACUAUUCAAGUGUGCUAAAUUUAUAUGCAGCAUGAGUGGGUAGCUAGCAAGCAUCCCAGAGGUUCCUUGAGGACAGGCUAACUAGCAAUGGGCGGUGCCGGCCAGCAGGAGUUUCACACGAGAGGCAAGUGCGCUGAGGCUUUAAAGGGGAAACCGGCUGAGCCGAUAGAAUAGGAAAGGCUAAUAUCGGCACAAAAUAUUGUCCCGACCAACUAUUGGUCGUUCUUUACCGACAACCAUAGCAUUUUUGCAGGGUUUUAUUUUGCACAUUGCGCACACACUCACACACGCACACCUAAAGCCAUUUUUAACCCACAAAACAUGACUAUCGUCCCAGGGAAUGCAUAAUGUCGGCCUGAAAGAGGUUUGAAUGUAGGGCUUUGCGGAAGUUUGCAUGUUUCUACGUACUGUAUAAGAGGAGCGUUUUGAAGUUGUGUGCCUCCUGCAUGCCCUCUGCUUUAAGAACAACAAAGAUAAGGACCCUGUCAUAGAUGCACAUUCUUAUUUACUUAUAGGCUGCAUACAACAUAUCAUCUUCAACACCAGAACCUAAGCAUUACGGAAGUUGGUAGCCAAGGACUUUGAUCAAACCUUCAAAUUGUGCUUCAUUUUGUUUCCCAGUCAUUCACUCCCUGUUGCUCACCAUCACCCCCCCCCCCAACUGGAAUUGUGGAAUAGAGCGGAUUGUCUGUUUGGACAAAUGGCAGAAAAGAAGGUCCACCCCUUUUUUGUCUGCACUCAAUGAAUAAUUGAAUGCAUGUAUUUUAGCUUGGGGAGGGGGCAUAUACUGAAUAUUAGUCAUCUGGAAGAGGACUACUAUUCCUAGGGUGCUUUGCUUCAGCACACCUCCCUCCCUGGACUGGACACAGAAUGGAGGCUCCGACUGGAACUGCUGACCUGGAUCUAGCUGUAAACUCUGCAGCGCUGCUGUGAACAGCCAAUCCAGCACAGGAAGCAAGGCAUUGGGCUCGUGUUGUCCAAUAUCCACAAGGAACAAUCAGUCCAAAUGUACGCGACUGGGUUCGCAGUGCGAAUCGUCUCAACUCAACUCGUUUUUUUUUUUUUUCUAUAGAAAUGUAUUUUGUUUUAAUAUUAAAACUGGACUUUUUGUUCUUGGAUAAGGGAGGGUUGGUGUCACUCUGGCCAGAAACCUAGAAAUCAUGGGGGUGCCAUAGAAACACCACCAGCAUAGUUUUGAGGUCUGAUAUACUCUUACAUAUACACACUGCAAUAUUCAUACAGGCAAUACUCUGUGAACUCUAAACUCCUAACUACAAACUCUGGUAGGAGGGGUACCAUAUCGCUUCAGGAAUGGCAGCUGAACCUGAGAAUGACCUUUGCUUGUUGGCUUGGCUGUCAUUGUAAAGCAAAAGAGCUAAUUAACCUCCCCCCUCAGAUCCUAUUGGAGAGUCAGUGUAUUAUUACGCCAUGCGAUGACUAGGACGUUGGAUCCAGAAUGGGGUAAUACAGGUGUUAAUACGAACCGUAUCGUUCUACGGCCAGCUUGUUCACUAGUUCUCUUAGAGGUCUCGACCAGUCAGAUAUCAAGUUUCCUAUGCGAGAUUGACCAGAGAGGUAGGAGUUUCCCCAUGAUACCUGUCAGUUGUUGUAGUUUAGCUUUACCUGUAUAGUACCAGCCAACCAGCAUUUUCACUGUAGCUUUCAUAUUUAUUAAUUAUUUACUACAAAAUGCAUAUACCUAUUUUUCAUUGUGAACUUUGCAGUUUGGUGAUGGGGACCUAUCAUUUACAGGCCUUUUUAGAUUUCAUAGCGUAUUGAGAAUGGGAAAUGGAAGAAGUCAUCACACAGAAUACAACAAUAAUGACCCCCGACCCUGAAAUCACCACCUUGUAUUCCUCUAACCCUGUGGAAAUUGGAGGUGCAAUUACCCUCCUCUUGCUAUCUAGCAAUUUACGUGUUUACCUUUUUAAAUAAUUAUUCCUCCACUUACUGUCAAUGCUGUGUGUGUGAUAAUCCUGGUCUAGAAUUAUGAGAGGAAGUUUUAGUCAAGGUUUGUCUACUGGUUAUUGUGUGGACAAGUAUAAGGAAUGCUCAUUACACAUUUGCAAGGAUUUUUACACUUGGAGAGAAUAUUUUAUAGAAGAACCUUUUCCAGAAAAUACCAAGAACUUCCAAUCUUUUGAAUUGAAAAGUUUUGUUUUGGGACCCAUAAACAUAUGUUCGCUGCCCAAAAUGUUCUGCCCUUUCGAUUCGCCUGUUAGAAGGGCUCCGGCUCAGCUCAGCAUCAUAAAGCAUUAGUGUUGCCAUGUGGUCCCUUACACGGCUACUGGCCCGUCUGCGAACAUGUGUUUAGUGCAAACGCACACCGCUUGAUGCUGUUCAGAAGCCCUGGGCUGAUGUGCCAAGGGCUACGUGACGACUUGGCCCCGCGACCAGUCCUCCUCGGUUACCAGCAUGACGACCGCCAGCCGGCCACUCGUUCCAAAUCUGUGUUUCCGACCUUGUCACUUCUGUCCUGCACAGUGGUUCUGAGAAGGGAAGAGUACAGUGGUUCCAGUUUCCCCCCUUUUUCUCCUCCUUCCCCUACCUCAAGAAUGCCUUGAUUUUUAACGCCCGUGAUAAGCAAUGCUAGUUCUGAGAGCCGUUUUACAGGCUGCCAAAGCUUGCCAGCAGACACUGAUAUACAGCUCCCGGGUAACCGAAAGGUCGAAGGUCAAGGCUGGAGCUAAUCGCGUCUUUCCCUUUGACUUUGGAGGGUUAUAAAUACUGGGGGGGAAAUCGAGACGAUUUGGCAGCGUCCAGCACUAGCCCUGAAACAGAGGCAGUCGAUGGGUGUCCAGUCAAAACUGGCCCGCUCUGAUGUGCCAAAAUCCACAUGCUAGUGGUUGUGUCCAUCAUAGCCAAGGGAUUUAUGUAUAAUGCUCAUAUUCAAGUGUCUGUGCAGACUCUCGAUGCGAAUCACUCACUGGGGAUAUUUUGAUAGUAGGUAAAUUGAGCUUGAGCUCCUUUUUAAGAAGGUACGGAUUUCGGAGCUCCGUGUCAAAGUUGAGCCCAGAACACGUGCACUUCAACGGUCAUAGACGUACGUCGCCAUGGGUUGGGUAUCAUCAUAUCAUUAAGCCUAUGAUGCAAGGCCAGCACCCCUUCCCCCGCCAUACAGUCUCCCCUGCCCCCUACACUCUGAGGGGGGGGGGGGUCCCAGGAUGACAGCAGCUGUCGGAAACCAUAGGUUUAAUGUGCUCUCCAAGGGUCGUCCCGGAGAUGGGCUUCAAAGAAAGACGUUUUUUAAAGGAUAAGGCUGAAACUCCCCCAGCAGAAAUGCACAUCCACUUCUCCCCUACAUGGCCCAUGUGUACAUGAACACUUCACUGUAACGUUACCAUAACUUCCACUGCUGAAUGGCCUCGCUAUGCCCAUCUAAGGGUUAGCAAGAGGAGUGGAUGUGCGUUGAGGAGCUCUGAUUUGGGGAAGAGGAUGUGUCAUCAGGACCCCUUACCACAGAACGUCCUCAAGUGUAAACUGGGUAUUAACGAAUGAUGUUUUGGAGUCUUUCCAGGCUCCACACGCAGCUGGAAAUCGAAAUAAGGCAUUGCAGGAUUUCAAAAGGGCAAUGGUUCUGAAGUCUCCAAAUGUCUUUGUUUGGGUAUAGUGAGUAUCACAGAUAUUUUGUCUGCUCAGAUUACUGCUGUAUGGAGAUUGUCCGAUUAGGUAUGAUAGGAGAAAGACUAGGUUUAGACAGGAAGAACCUCCCACCAUUUUGAGAUGAGAACAGAACGGUUAACUCUCCUCAUUCUGUAACUUCUGGUGUAUAAACAUCUGUUAUUUACACGUCAUUGUUUUUUCCUCUCUUACAAAGUAGCGGAGAAUGUACUUAACGGAGGGAGGCUAAGAGACCGGAAAUGGCUCUUUGGAAUGAGUUGGCAUUGGUCCUCAAAGGCCUCCUUUGUAACUGGAGGGUUCAUGGUGUCAAUGGACAUCAGAAACGGUAAUCUGCACUUAACCAGCACUUAACUUAAGACCCUACAUAAGUAAGCCCCCUUUUGUCAAAAGUCACUUUUGCGUGUGUCCCUGACAAUUUUAUUCCACUCUUUGUGAUUAUUUUUCUUUGCUGAAUGUAAUGGUCAUCAAAGUGUGUGUGUGUGUGUGUGUGUGUGUGUGCGCGUGCGCAUGUUUUUUUUGCACCGGCCAAAUUGAAAUUGAUUGAAAGCAACAACUCGUCUGAUAGCGUGAGGAGUUGUAGACUGUUAUUGUACAAAUUAUUAUGGAGUCCUUCAUUUUUUUUUUAAACAAUUGUGAUGAUUUCGUGAGGCAUGGCACUCGAUCACAUCCGUCUUUGCCUUCUAACAUUGUGCCAAAAUCAUUCCACAGUGUUUCCAUUUUACAGUCCGUGAGACAGCGCCAGUGUUUUCCAAGAUGGAUACCCUGUCUCUUUGACUAUUUGUGCUGAAAUAAGGGGAAAUAUUCAAUUUGAGGGUUUUUCUUUUUUUUCAGCCCAUGUAUUUUUGUGUCAGUUUUGUAAAACAAAAGAUGUCUUAUUUUGGAAGCUGUAUCAGAUAGAUUUUAUUUAAGAAAAUCUUGUAAUUUUGUAAAGUGGGCCUUAUUGAAAUAUAUUUAGUAUUUGUCCUCUUUGAUUGUAAGGAUUUCAUUUUUGCUAGAUACUGUAUGCAUCUUUCUCAUUAAUGCAUUCCUGGAGAAUACUUUCCCCUUUUUGUUUUAGUGCGAGAGAUGUCUCAUGACCUUGAGCUAUGAGAUGGCAAGAGGAGAGAGACAUGUCAGAAGCCAGCCUUGUGUCAUAGUCAUUGAAGAAUGAGAGUAAUGUACAUUUUAUCAGGAGUGGGUCUGCUAGGAGUCAACAGUCUUAAGUCAUUUGCCAUGUGGCGUCCUGUUUUAUUAGCGGUUCAGGAAUCAGUCAGUCGGUCCAGGUUUUUUGCUACUCUGUUCCCCCCCCCCCAUUAAUUCAGGGUUUGUUCAUCUUGUGUGCUGUUUGCAAAUGCUGCCAAAGAAAAAGAUGUUUAGGCCUCAAGACACACACACACACAUACUUGUGAAGAACUGGAGAUUCUCCAACACACACCCACUCCCACACACACAGGGGAAUUUGGCCUGUACAAUCAACUAGGGGGGGUUGGAAGUCAUGUUUUUAUAUUGCAGUGUGUUUAUAGAUGGAUAGAAAUGCUUCUGAAAUAUGGGGGGGACUGAACGUUGUAACGAAGAGAGAAAUGUACGUUAUGAAAUCAGAUCAAAAAGGUUAUUCUGGGUGUCGCUGCGCCAAGCUUUUCUGUGCCGGUAAUACACAGCAAAACGGUGCGGGAUGCUUUUCUGUCCUCGAGUAAUAAUACAUUUGUGCAUGUUUAACCUUCCCGCACUCCUGCAUGUAGGUCUCUCAAAGCUGCCAACUGUACAGCGGACUAUGUAUUCCAAUCAAAUAAAAAAAGCAACUUGUUUGUAACCUUG